AUGAAAUAUUACAAUAGCGAAUCGAGCAGCAGUACUAGCAGCAUGACCAGCGAGAAGAAAUCUAGUUUGAUUUUGUACACAAACAAGGAUAAUGCACCAUCUAAAGUGGGCGCAGAAUCGGAAGUGCAGUUCCUGCGCGACGAAUUAGAGAAGGUCCAGAACGCCCUGCGGCUCCAAGCGAAGCGCUGCAGGCAACUGGUGGCCGAAUACACGCGCAAGCUGCAGGAGAAAGAGCACCAAUACGUAAGCGAGAAGGUCCUGAGGGACGACCAGCUGGCGAAAGUCCUGCGGGCGCUGCUGAUAUUCGAGGCGCGGCUGCGACAGGAGCAGAAGUUCAUCACCAAGCAGCUCAACGAGAAGGAUCGGAUCAUCAGGAAGCAGAACAACGAGAUCAAGAAGUUGCUGAUCAACCAGUACUGCAAGAACUGCAGGCAGUACUAUUCGUCGAGUCCCAUACAGGAGAGCCUCGACAGCAGCACGGAGUACGUGCUCACCGAUUGCCAGGACUACCAGUCGUCGAAUUUCGAAUCGUUGGACAGCAGCAGCGAGACUUACGGUACGCUUUCGGAGAAGGAUUUCAAGAAUUCGGAAAGCUCCUACGAGGAGAAUUCCAGCAAGGAGUUGGAGCCCAAAAACGUCUACACGAAGAACUGCAGGAAGGACUCCGUCGGCAGAAGGAACAAGAAAAUACCGCACAGGAAGAGCAACGGUACGUACUUCGAGGUGUUGAAAUUACGAAAUGAUAGUAACAGUCCGUUAUCUAACGAUGAUAACACUAGUAACGAUUAUGACAAUUUGGAUUCACUUCCGCCCGAAAACGUAGACAUACAAAUCAACACUGUGACCGAGAAUAUCGAGCAAAUAUUCGAGAAGACCCAUCAAAUCGCCGCGAAUAACGGCGAUGCGGAUCAAUCAUGUGAUAAUAAGAAAAAAUCCUGCCAAAUAACCGAAUCUAUUCCCGUAUUCGAAGGGGGCGAAGAAACGAACGAUAAUUGGUACGCCAGCGCCAGCGAUCAGGAGGACGACGAGCACAGGAACAUCUACAGAAACAAUCCGGUACUGGAAUGCAUGAAUCAAAUCCUGCUGCAAAACAUCAACGACACAUUGAUCUCCCCUCCCAAGACCCCUAACAUCGAAAGGAAAUCAACCAAGAAUAAAAAAGUAACAUUCAGCGAUGAAGAGGUCAAAGAAGAAACUAACGAGGAACGUUUACCGAGAGAGGAAAACCCAACGGAAAAGCAGGAUUACUACGAAACGCCGUUGCAGAAUUCCCCGAACUUCUACGAAACGCCACAGAGCAUCUACAGCAACGAUUACGAGCAAAUACUGAGCAAAUGCAACGAGACUUUCACCAAUCCCGACAAAAACCAAGAUCAGUACCACCACUACAUAGACAUGGACGAAAAGAAGAAACUAACCACACAAGACCAGCAACUAAUAAAGAAGAGCAAGAUACAGAGAGUCCCGCCAGCUCUGCCACCCAAGCCGAUCAACCUGGUUUCGAAAUACAAAAUCCAGGGCUACAGCAGAUUGCCGCCGUCGGAGAAGAGCUCCGAAGCGGAGCCGGAUUACUGCUCGAUAUCCGAGCUCAAUUUGCCGCAGAACAAGAGCCCGUCGUUCAAGAAAAUCAACGUCGUCGCCGAGAUAAACUCGCCCACGUCGCUGGACGUCAUCAACAAAUUGAACAGCUCCGGCGACGCCAAGAGCAACGAGAGCGAUUUGGUGAACUUGAAGGACACCAUGGUGGUGAAGAAGUGCGUGGAGAAGAUGAACAUACAAUUGGCCAAGCAGAUCAAACCCGAGCCGAUUUCGCCCAAGAAAAUCGAAACCAUAGACAUACCCAAGUUACCUCAAGUAUCCGAGAUACUCAUACCCGAAUCGGAAGACGAAGAUAAUAAGGAGAAAGACGGGCGAAUCUCUCAGGAUAAUUACAUGCGAAACAACACGCAGAUUAUGAAAUUGAAAGAUUCUAAGGAGACUCCUGCGCGCAAACCGAUCGUAAUGGGCUCGACGGUAUCUAAUCUCAUAUCGACCUUCAACAACCAGCAAUUCAUCAACGACAUCAAGCACAGCCCGGAGAAGAACAAACCGCCCAAGUUCCCCAACUUCGACAACCCCGAAAAGCGCAAGGUGAACAAUUUCGAGAAGUUCGAUUUGCGCCAGAACUUCGAGGAGUUCAAGCUGGACGAUUGCGACAUCGAGGAGUACACGGUGGAGGAGAUCAAAACGGACAACGAGGACGGCAAGGAGACCACCGUGGUGAAGGCGGAUUCGCAUGGCGGCGUGCGCAUCUCCAAAACGCUCGAGAUCACCAACGCCGGAACGGUGCGCUCCUCCAAGAACCUGGACAUCACCCCCACGCUCAGCCGGACGGCCAUCGAGCUGUUCAAGAAGCACCUGGAGAAGCAGUUGAAGAACCAGAACGAGAACAAGAACAAGAGCAUGGCGCUGCUGCGGCCCAACGAGCCCACCUACGAGCACUUCUUGGAGUGCACGGGGCUGAGCACCAAGUCGCUGCUGUCGCCUUCGAGGUUGCUCAGCAACCACAAGAACGUGCUGAAGCCCAAGGAGGUGAAGUUGAAGCCCACGGGGAAGGCGGCUAGUUUGUACGAAAAGCACGGGAGUCCUGUGAAGUAUUGGUCGGAGCCGUAUUUGUGA